AUGGAUGCCACAGCCCUUCAUCAUGAAAACCAGAAGUUGGUGCAGCAAUUGGAAGCACAGAAGUCUGAAAUGCAUGCGUUGGAAUCUAAGUUCAAGGAGUUGAGGAAUGAACAAUCUUCUUAUGACAAUACUCUGAUUUCCCUGGAUAAGAUGUGGAAUCAGCUUGUUGAUGAUUUAAUCCUGCUUGGAGUUCGAUUUGGUGGCGGUUUGAACAAUUUGCCUGCACUUGACCAUGAAGAGUUGUCAGAAGAAUCUAUCGAGUCAUGUCCUUCUGAGGAAGUUUUUCUCUUCAUGCUCUUGAAGUCCAACAAUUAUGGAAAAAAGGGUGACAAUAGCUGGUUGGAAUUUGCUGAAGAAGCUCUUGCUUUGCGUCGUUCGGCAACUCUUGCUCUGAUGAGGUCCCUUCAAGAGGCUAUUGCUGCACAACAGGCUAGAAGUGAAUAUUUGUCAUCAGCUUUAAAUGCAGAGAAGUCAAAUGAAGAUGUUGUUGUUGCCCUUCAAAACCACAAUGAUCACUUGAAAGAGGUGGUUGGCAAUGUCCGUGAAGCUAUUUCUAUCGUCAAUGAGAAGCAUAAAAGGUAUCUGGAUGAGAUUGAGACUUUCAAAAGCAGCUACUCAAAAGAACUGCAGGAAAUCAAGCAUCUUUCAGGAGAGCUAGAGGAAACCAUGGCGGAGCUUGAGGAAAGUCGACGGAAGUUGGUUAUUCUCCAGUUGCAGAGGCAUGGAGGUUCACUAAUGAACAUGUCUGGUCCAAACGCUGUGAAUGGUGCUGUUUCGGCUGAUAAAUCUUCAGACAGAAACAUGGGCUGGGGAGAUCUCAAAGAUGCUGUUGAAGAAGCUAAGACCCUUGCAGGAGACCGCCUGUUUGAACUCCAUGAGACUCAAGAGGAUAAUCUAAUACUGUCUAAGCAGUUAGAAGAUCUGCAGGGUCAAUUAAAAGACGAUAACUAUAUUUUCACAUCAAAACCAUAUACAAUUCUUAGCGAUCAGUUACAUCAUCUGAAUGCUGAGAUAGAACGAUACAAGGGUUUGGUUGAAGUAUUGCAGAAUGAUAAGAACCAGUUCUUGCAAAGGGAGAAAGAAAUGUGUGCAAAAGGAGAAUCCGUCAACAAUAUUAAACAAUCCAUUACCGAUUAUGAGGCCAAAAUCGAAGAACUGGAACAUCAGAUUCUAAAAUCCAUGGCUGAGAAGAAUGAUCUUGAGAUCAAAGUUGAGGAAUCAUUGCAGGAUUCAGGUAAAAAAGACUUCAAGGAUGAGAUUCAUGUCAUGGCUGCAGCACUCUCCAAAGAGAUGGAAAUGAUGGAGAAUCAAUUGAAUAGAUCAAAGGAUGCGGCUUCUGAAGCACUUGCAUUACGUGAAGAAGCUGAAUCGUUGAGAACCUUGUUAGCUAAGAAGAUCAGUGAACAGAAGGAAAUAUCUGAUAGAUACAACACACAAGUCUCUGAGAUCAAGUCCCUCAAAGAAUUGAUUGAGACGUUGGAAAAGGAAAAUCAGGAGUUGGAAUUUAUUGUGGAUAUGUAUGGGAAAGAAUGUUCUGAGUCGUUGACAAUUACAGAGAUCAAGGAAUCAGAAAAUCGAGCUCGCAAGCAGGCUGAAUAUUUGAGAACUAGUCUAGAGGAGCAUAGUCUUGAGCUUCGUGUAAAAGCAGCAAAUGAAGCCGAAGCUGCAUGCCAGCGAAGGCUUUGCAUUGCUGAAGCAGAACUGGAAGAGUUAAGGACCAAUGUAGAUGCAUCUGAAAGAGAUGUUCUGGAACUCAAGGAGGCAAUAAGAAUUAAAGAAGCAGAAGGAGAUGCUUAUAUCUCUGAAAUUGAGACAAUUGGUCAAGCAUAUGAAGACAUGCAGACACAAAACCAGCAUCUUCUUCAACAGGUUGCCGACAGAGAUGAUUUUAACAUAAAGCUAGUAUCAGAUAGUGUGAAGACAAAGCAAGCCUCUGCUUCCCUUCUCUCUGAAAAGCAUUUGUUACAGAAGCAACUCCAUCAGAGUCAUCUAAACAAAAACUCUCCCGUGGUGAAGAGCAGAUGA